UAGCUAGCCAGCUAGCCGCUGUAAAAGCGGCCAGAAAUCUUUAAAAUAACAUUGAGGGCCUCCUGGAUGAGACGUAUUCACUCAGAAAACACAAGAAACUGCCUUUAUGGGACGCUUGAUCGGUGGAUAUUACGACGCGAUGGCCAGCUAGCGAGCAGUCUAAAGCUAGCUGCAGCUAGCUGGUCGGCUAGCCGGGGUUGGAGCUCCGGACCCCCGCAUCCAACUCUGUCUUUUUCGCCUCUAUGAAAUUAGUUUCCGUGCCAUGCCAUCUUUGAUUUAACAGAGCGUUUGUUCUUACGUUUAUUAAAUUAUAUUAGUAAAGGAAAGGUUUUCCUUUUAUAAUAUGUAGGUCACUGUACCCGACCAAUGAUAGUUAUAUGGGUCAUCAUCGGGUAACCUAUGAGCAGGAACAGCUGGUUAGCACGGUAGCUAGCUGCUUUGGUAUUUUUUUAAAAUAUCAGUUAUCAAUAACAGAAAGGCAAUAACGUUAAUGCACAUGCUUUUGUUAGUGCGGAUUACUCUGCAGCGUGUGUGGCUGAGGCUAGCAUCGAGUGGAACAUUUAUUUUUUUCCAUGUUUUGGAGUCGUCGCUGGACCAUCGUUAGCUAACUUGGCUAACUAGCCGGAUCCUGUUAGCUCAGUUAACCGAGCAGCUUCACCAACUAACCAGGAAACUAAGUAAUCAUGCUGAGUAAGGAGCCGUGUUUCCUCCGCGCCUAGCAGCAGCAGCUCGGUGCAGACAAAGUGGACUGUUUCUGGGGUUUGGUGAGAGGAGGGAUGGCAUUUCACGGUGCAGGCCGGCAGACCGUCUGUGGAGACUUGUUUCCGGGCUCUGAGUUGGGCCACAAGUAUUUCUGUGUCAACUCCUCCUGCGGAGCCCCCUCCACGGGCCUCAGUGCUACGCCGUGCCUGACUGGACCCACUGCCCCGGCUGGGACCCCUCGUCACCCCACAGCUCUCGGAGGGAGCACAGGCGGCGGAGCAGCAGUGCCUCAGCCCUACAGCAACCCGGCCAGCGAGGUGCCCAGCCCUGCAGAAAUGGAGCCAGACCGCCCCAUUGGUUAUGGCGCUUUUGGUGUUGUCUGGUCCGUUACUGAUCCACGUGACGGUCGCAAGGUGGCUUUGAAGAAGAUGCCUAAUGUCUUCCAGAACCUGGUUUCUUGUAAGAGGGUCUUCAGAGAGUUGAGGAUGCUCUGCUUCUUCAAACAUGACAAUGUUUUGUCAGCUCUGGAUAUUUUGCAGCCUCCACAAAUCGACUGCUUUGAGGAAAUCUACGUGAUAACAGAACUGAUGCAGAGCGACCUCCACAAAGUGAUCGUGUCUCCUCAGCCUCUCACCACCGACCACAUCAAGGUCUUCCUCUAUCAGAUCCUCCGAGGUUUGAAGUACCUGCACUCUGCUGGGAUCCUGCACAGGGACAUCAAGCCUGGAAACCUGCUGGUCAACAGCAACUGCCUGCUCAAGAUUUGUGACUUUGGCUUGGCACGGGUGGAGGAGCCUGACCCGUCCCGUCACAUGACCCAGGAGGUAGUGACACAGUACUACAGAGCGCCGGAGGUGCUGAUGGGCUGCCGACACUACGGCUCUGCCAUCGACGUCUGGUCGGUGGGCUGCAUCUUCGCAGAGCUGCUGGGACGCCGCAUCCUCUUCCAGGCUCAGAGCCCCAUUCAGCAGCUGGAUCUGAUCACAGACCUGUUGGGAACGCCUCCUCUGUCGGCCCUGGCAUCAGCCUGCGAAGGAGCCAGAGCCCACAUCCUGAGGGGGCCGCACAAACCGCCGUCGCUGUCAGUGCUCUACAUGCUGUCUGAUGGAGCGACACACGAGGCGGUGCACCUGCUCUGUCGGAUGUUGGUGUUUGAUCCGGCCAAACGUAUUUCCGGCAGCGACGCCCUCUCCCACCCGUACCUGGACGAAGGGCGUCUGCGUUACCACACCUGCAUGUGUCAGUGCUGCUACUCUGUUCCCAGCGGGCGAGUCUACACCCGAGACUUUGAGCCAGUCGCCGAACGGCCGUUCAGCCACAGCUACGAGAACAGUCUGCUUUCUGUGUGGCAGGGAAAAGAGUUAAUCCAUCGCUUCAUCACGGAGCACCAGCAGGGCAAACGAGUGCCACUGUGCAUCAACCCUCAGAGUGCUGCCUUCAAGACCUUCAUCAGGUCCACUGCAUGGCACUCCUCCAAGGUGUCCAGGAAGGAGGAGAGAUGAACGGUCCUCCUCUUUCUCAUGAGGGGCGACAUCAGCGUUUGAGAAAGGAUUUAUUGGCCGUGAAAAUACUGAAGAGUUUGGGAC